AUGAACUCACCCACGGCUUCAGAUGGCCCAGCGUCGCCAUCAAGUCGAAGAUUCUCUCGUUUUGCCAAACGCGGCAAGCUGAGAAAUGGAACCUUCAUUCUACCCGGUACAGGCGAACGAGUACGUCGCCAAAUAACUCUCCGCAAUCCUGCAAACUUCGACGGACAAUCAAGAGGGGAACUAGACCCUCCAUUCCUUCGCCGAACAUACUCGCGGGUUGGCACAAUUAGGACAGCCCUUGGCAAGUCCUCAGAUGCUGGGAAAGAGUUCUGGAAAUGGCUUCAUACCCCUACGGCUAAGGGUAUCCUGAAAUGUUCCCUGGCGUAUGUGUUGGGGAGUAUGGGGACGUUCUUCCCGCCCUUCGCGAGUUUCUUGGGGCAUCAAGAUGGGAAACAUAUGGUUGCUACUAUUACCGUCUACUUUCACCCCGCGAGAUCUGCGGGAUCGAUGGAAGAGGCUGGCAUGCUGGGGAUUGCGGCAUUCCUAUAUGCGACCUUUAUCUCGAUUUCUAGUAUGGCAACCUCGGUGUUCUUUGAAACACAGAUGGAUCUUAUCGAGCUAGGUUACGCUAUGGUACUCAUUGUAUUUUGUGGAGGAGGACUGGGAUUCAUCGGUUGGUUCAAGCAGGCAUAUAACUCGCCGCUUGUGAGUGUUGCUUGCAGUCUGGCUAGUCUUGCCAUCAUCACGGUGUUGACCAAGGAGAAUGCCAUUCAAGUUGGGGUGUUCUCAAACGAUAAGAUUAUACAAGUGAUGAAGAUGGUCAUCAUGGGAAUCACUUCGACAUCUAUUGUUAGUCUUCUCGUAUGGCCUGUUUCAGCACGUACAGAGCUUCGAAAUACCAUGAUCAAGACAACGGACUCCCUCGGAAACAUGCUUACAAUGAUCACCGGAGGCUUUCUCAGUGGAUCAGAGGCAGAUCUUCGAUCGUCAGCAUUUACCAAUGCCUUAAACACGUAUAAAUCAGUCUUUACACAGCUUACUAAGAACCUCAAGGAGGCCAAAAUGGAGCAUUAUGUGCUUGGGACUGAAGAUCAAUACAAGCAUGAGGCUAGCCUUGUGAACUGUAUGCAGAGGCUAGCUCAGUCUAUAGGUGGUUUGCGAAGUGCAGCAAUGACACAGUUUACCUUACUACGAGAGAAUACGAAAGGCAGCAGUACCCCGAUCAACUCCAACAGGAUGCUACCGGAAAUAGGCUCCAUUUCAUCGGUUCUUAACAUCAGGCAAGAUCAAUUUGCGGUGCUAACAGCAAUCGAGGAAGCUUCUGAAGAAGGGAGCGGGCCCGAAGAUGCUAAUACUUAUCACCAUUCAAGGAAUCCGACUGGUGGCAGCAUUUCAAGUAUAGCAAGCUACCCUAUGCCAACUGUCAAAACACCUUCAGAGAUUUUCUCUCGGUUCAUCACGCAUCUGGGACCUUCUAUGAAAUCUCUGGCCUAUACUCUUUCUCAAAUCCUUGAAGAAUUGCCGUUUGGUGAUGGUCCUCGCUAUGCUAUCACCAUAAAUGAGCAUUUCAAGACAAGCUUGACCGAUGCACUAAAGCUGUAUAGUAGCGCUCGAUCUGAGGCAUUACGGGAGCUUUACAAAUCAAAAGAACUUGAUCGCGACAGGUCCGAAAGUAUCGAAGCGGAUUUUGAGGAAGUAGCUGCCAGUUGUGGUCACUUCAGUUUUUCACUACAGGCAUUCGCUGACGAGAUGCAAACCUACUUGAGCAUCCUCGAGGACCUAAAAGAUGAGAUCGAGUCAUCGAGGCGUCGCUCAUGGAAGUGGUUGCUGUUUUGGCGGAGUUCUCAGCAUCCGAAAACCCAGAACUCCGACCCGGAGCAGGAGAGUCUCAUCGACCAAAAUGCGGAGACUGAGGUCCCGAAAGGUAUUUCAAGCAUUCAGUUUCAGGGGCGGUCGCCGAAGACUUGGACAUCUGAGACAGAAGGGAAGGGCGGCGCAAAGGCAGGAUUAUACCGGAAACUUUUCCAUAUAUUGAGAAUUUUGGGACGAGAUGAUGUACGUUUCGCAGUAAAGGUUGGGCUUGGGGCUUCAAUCUACGCUCUUUUUGCUUUCAUUCCAUUGACCAGGCCUUUCUACCAACACUGGAGAGGAGAGUGGGGUCUGUUGUCGUAUAUGCUCGUUUGCAGUAUGACCAUUGGAGCCUCCAACACGACUGGCUGGGCUCGUUUUAUUGGUACUUUCAUUGGAGCUAUCCUUUCCGUUAUCGCAUGGGUUAUUUGUCAAGGCAAUCCCUUCGCAUUAGCUUUUUGCGGGUGGCUCGUCAGCUUACCGUGUUUCUACCUCAUCGUCGCUAAGGGCAGAGGUCCUUUCGGCAGAUUCAUCAUGCUUACUUACAACCUCUCCUGCUUGUAUGCCUACAGCUUGUCGAUAAAGGAUGACGAUGAUGACGAUGAUGAAGGAGGAGUCACGCCAAUCAUUACUGAAAUCGCAGUGCAUAGAGUGGCCGCUGUUUUAGCCGGGGUCCUUUGGGGUCUAAUUAUUACAAGAGUUGUUUGGCCUAUCUCUGCUAGGCAGAAGUUCAAGGAUGGGCUUUCGUUGCUUUGGCUGCGAAUGGGAUUGAUCUGGAAGCGAGACCCUCUUUCUACACUUUUAGAAGGAGAGUCGCAACAUGCCUACAUGAAUUUGCGGGAGGAAUUUGCACUUCAGAGAUAUGUCUUGCGCCUAGACAACCUCAGAGCAGCAGCAGCGAGCGAGUUCGAAUUGCGUGGACCAUUCCCCUCUAAGCAGUAUGCGCGUAUCAUGGACUCUACCAACAAAAUGCUUGACGCCUUCCACGCCAUGAAUAUAGUGAUUCAAAAGGAUCUUAACGCCAGCAAAGGUGAAACCUCACUCCUACGGUACACCGCAAACGAAAGAGCAGACCUCUGCUUCCGCAUUAGCCAUCUAUUCCAGGUACUUGCUAGUUCCUUGAAACUGGAAUUUCCCAUGAACGAUGCUCUACCCAGCACCUCGAAUGCCCGAGAUAGAUUACUUGCGAAGAUAUUUCACUAUCGUAAGAAUUUGGGGAUCGAGGAAGGGGAGGAGGUGGCGAGAGAUGAGGAUUAUGAGUUGUUAUAUGCGUAUACCCUUGUUACGGGGCAGCUAGCGGAGGAGAUCAAGAAGGUUGAGAAGGAGGUUGAGGCUUUAUUCGGGGUUAUGGAUGAUCAGCUACUGGAGCUGCAGUGA